CCCUGGCGGGGGUAAAGUACACUAAAAUCUUGUACUAAUUUUGACUAUACGAAGACGAUAGCGUUAUAUUAUAGACGUAGGCAAUUAGAAUAGUUUUAAUAAGUGUAGCAAUUGAGUGAAAAUAAUCUUGAAUAAACUUUGGAAAUCCUCAAAAGGGUACAGGUUAAUUUAUUAAACAUGGGAGGAUUUAUUUCAAUUAAUUUAGAAGAGAAUUAUAAAAAAAAUGAAAAAUUCCUACAAAGUCUCAAUGAAAUUGCGAUGGAGAGACAAAUACAAUUACAAUUUCAAAUGCAAGAAAGACAAAGAGCACUUCAAAUAGCAAGAAGUCGAGAUAUAUUUCUAUGGUUAUCUGCAUUCAGUAUUACAGCAGCCUCAGGCUUACUCACAGGUUUCAGACGAACUAAACGCAUUUAUCUAUUGGCACCUCUAGUGCCAUUGACGUUUCUCAAUUUGUACCACUUGGAUCUUGCAUAUGGCAACAAAUUACAUAGAAUUAGAAUGGAAGCCGAGCACAUCAUGUCUCAUGAGUCUGAUUUGCUUGAACUACCCUGUGGCCUGCCGUCCCCUUCCUCUGUGGACCAGGGUCGGAUGGAUGCAGAGGAAAAGAAGAAAAUACAUCCUCCCCUACCUUAAGUUGUUGUAUUUUUAGAUUCAAACUUUAUGGUAGCUUGAGGUAGGCAUAAGCCCAAAUCUGUGUAGAUCCCAUAGACAAAUUAAAGUCAAAAAUGUAUGAAAUUAACAAUUCAUAUGACACAGGCUAGUCACAUACUUAUUCAUAUAUAUUAUGACGCAUUUUGAUGAUUCUACUAGUGAAUUCACUUAAUAAUAGGUAGAGAAAAGUGUUACAGAUGUCUCCUUCCCUUUUCCCGCAUCUUGCUAUUUGUCGCUAAUACCUCAAAUUCUGUAUGAAAAAGCAUUGCAAUCUUUCGAGCCUCCAUAAAGUUUGAAUGGCACUAUAUCAAUUGUCCUGUGCCUUCAAAGCUUUUAGAAGGGCAGUAAUGCAUUUAGAAUCUUUGCUAAUAUGUCAAUAAUGUUCAAAAAGU